CGGAAGUAUUUUCUUUUAGCACAUGCGCAAAUGAGCUAAGGUAUAACGGAAAUACUGACCCGGAAAAACAAAAUGGCAAAAAAUGGGGGAUCACAGGAGUCAGCACUCUAACAUAAACCUCAGCCUCUUGACAGGCGAAACAGCAGUGUGGUACUGUGCCAAAACCAGCAUGAACCUUCAGCAGCCUGCCCCUCUGAUUCCCCCUGUCCAUCCUGAUGUACAGAUGAAACCCCUGCCCUUUUAUGAUGUGCUGGAUGUUCUUAUCAAGCCUUCAAGUCUAGGAGCAAGUACUGCACAGAGGUACCAUCAAGAAAAGUAUUUUAUUUUUGCAUUAACACCUCAGCAAGUUCGAGAAGUAUGCAUAUCCAGAGACUUCCUGCCAGGUGGCAGAAGGGACUAUAUGGUUCAAAUUCAACUAAGGUUCUGCUUGGCAGAGACAAGUUGUCCACAAGAUGAUAAUUUCCCCAACAGUCUUUGCAUAAAGGUCAAUGGCAAGCUCUUUCCUUUGCCUGGAUUUGCACCACCACCAAAAAAUGGAGUUGAACAGAAGAGAACAGGAAGACCUCUUAACAUUACCUCCCUUGUCAGACUUUCUUCUGCUGUGCCAAACCAGAUUUCAGUGACAUGGACCCAAGAAAUGGGAAAGACUUAUUCUCUCUCUGUGUACCUUGUGAGGCAACUGACAUCACCAUUGCUCCUGCAGAGACUGAGGAUGAAGGGAAUCAGAAGCCCAGACCACUCCAGGGCCCUAAUUAAGGAGAAGCUAACAGCAGAUCCAGACAGUGAGAUUGCCACAACAAGUCUUCGGGUGUCACUCAUGUGUCCGAUGGAUGAAAAUCCGUAAUUUCAUUUAAUUAUU